AUGUUCGAAAUGAAUACGACAACUUCUCCUCGAAAACCCUCCUAUUACAAUAAAACAUGGACUGGAUUUGUGAAUGGAAACAACAACAACCAUGACUCUUCGACUGGUUCACAAAGCACAGCAGGAUUCGAUUCUCCCAAACUCGGAAGUACAAUCAUGGGUGGUGAAGUCCUAUUUACUCAACAACAACAACAAGAACCCAUCUUGAAUCAUGAAAAAGGAGUGGAUGGGUUGACGGGUGUGUGGUUGAAAAUUCAAAGUUGGUUUGGAUUGCGAUUGAAGACCACUACGGCUUUGUUGAUGACAUCGAUGAUCAUUGUCUGUCUAUGUGCUCUAGGUCUAUCUCUCUCCUUUGAAUUUUCAUUCCGCAAUGUUGAAAGAGGAUUCGGCGAAGAAUCAGUGAAAAAACUUUCCAAAGCGCUCCACGACGAUUAUGACGUACUAUUCAACAAACUCUACGAAUAUGCAGCUUGGGAUGAAGUGUAUAACAUUCUGGAAGCACAAAGUCCCUCUCAAGCAGAUAAUCUUCUUGAUGAAUACUUUUCAUGUAGUUAUAUGAAGAGAGUGAAUAUGCAUUAUGUCAUGAUGUAUUUUCCAAAUCAAACCUUCUUUCGAGGUGUGAAUUGUUUUGGAGGUGUGAAAUUGAGUGCAUUUCCGAGUGAAUUGACACAAUUGGAUGCAAGUUUUUUCAUCGAUGUGAACAUUCCAGAAAAGCGGCAAGAAACAUUGAUCACUCCCUCACUCACCAUUACUCAAUUAAUGCAACAGAGUGGAAUUUCUCCAAUUACUUCUGAUUUAUUGCCAGAAAAUACCAAUCAUACGAAUAUCAUCAUGGUCGCAGCUCAACCCAUUCAACCUACGGACAAUUCAGCAACGAAUGGUUUGAUGAUUUUUGCUAGAUAUAUCACGGCCAAUAUUAUGUCUGAUCUGGCUCGAAGAAAUCAACAAUGUAAUACAUUCUUUGAUUUGAGAGAUUCCACUGAUUUGGAAGUAUUAAGGAAAUGUAUGGGAUUUGACUCGACAAGAGAAUUGAAAGAUUAUUUAUCUACACAAAAUGCAUCGACCAUUUCCACCAAAGAUGCAUGGACGAUUGAGGCUCCAUUUGCCAUGUUUCCUGGAGUGAUUUAUGAUGAUUCUAAAAAGAGACAAUGCUAUACUCCUUCUGAAAGUGGUUCGACACGAUUUUCUGCUUUCAAGCUUGUCAAUGAUUGGAGUGGACAACAAGCAUUGGUCAUUCGAACAGACAUUUCCAGAGAGGUUUAUUCAUUGGGAUGGUUUUCUUUCCUUUAUACAGCCGUUGCUAUUUUAGCGUUGGUCAUUAUCAUGGCUGCUGCAGUGUUGGUAUUUGUGGAAUUUGUAGUAUUGAGAAGAGUGUUAAAAAUUGGACGUUUUGUGAGAAGUGUGACCAAUGAAAAUGAUCUCUCUCGAAGACUUGUGAAUGUGAGUUCUGAUGAAUUGGGAGAUCUUUCGGCGGAUAUUAAUGGAAUGUUGGUAGCGUUGGAAGUGUCACAAUCGAAACUUGCCAAUGACAAUAUGAUGAUGCAAAAUAUUUUGGAAAGAACUGCCAUUGAGGAGGAAAAGAGUCGAUGCAUUUUGAAUAGCAUUACAGAUUUUGUGGUGACCGUGGAAUGCUCAUCGGGAUUAAUUAUUAACAUUAAUUCAUCGUUUGAAAACAAAAUUUUAAAGAAAAAACCUCAAUCGCCACACUCCAUGAAAUCAACACCUUUUGAAAAUCAUGUCAUCAAUGAGUACAUUACUAACUUCUCAACACUUCAAGAAUUAUUAGAAAAAUUGGAUAUUCUUUCUCGUGGUGGAGAAGCCUUUGAAACCACACUGUACUCAGAUCUUGGAAGCAAAUAUCCUGUACAUGUGAGUGUCAACAAAACGAAAAUGACGGUCAGAGAAGGAGUGAUUGGUGAUGCCUUCAUCAUUGUCAUGAAGAAUUUGUCAGAACAAGCCGAAUUGAAGAACAUGUUGUCCAUGCAACAAGAAAAAUUAAUGGAAAUUCAAAAAGUCGCCAAAUUUGAUAAAGUCAUGGCUGAUAAGGAAUUGAGACACAAAUUCAAAGAAUUCACUAUUAAGGAAAGAAGCUCUGAAAAUUUCCUCUUCCUGGAAAUGGUUGAACAAUACAAGACCAUUUCAAAAUCUAAGGAACGAGCAGUUCUUCAAAAGGAAAUCGUUCGAAGACAUUUAUUACCAAAUUCACCUCAACCACUCAAUGUUUCUCAGAAAAUUCUCGAGACAGAAUAUAAGAGAAUUGCAAGCGGUUAUGGACAAUUGGAUUUAUUUGACAAGUUGGAAGUGGUCGUGAAAGGAAUGAUUUUGGAUGACACAUUUUCGAGAUUUAUGAUGGAACGAGAAAAUGAAGAGAGUACAGAUACCUCAGAUUCAGCAUCUUCAAUUACUACUAAUUAA